AUGACGACGGAAGUUUCGACUGAUACAGAUACCACUCAAGUGACGAAGACUAGUACAGAGCAAUUGACGGAUGUAGUGACUGAGCAAGUCACCAAGACUAUCACGACGACAAUCGACUUGACCUCUACUAUGGAUGUUACAGACGUUGACACGCAAGAUGUCACCGCGAAUGUCCCAACCACCGUCACUGUCACAGUCACAGGCGCAGCUCCCACAACUUCAGUUGGGACAGAAUACCACUGCGCUAUCCCUGGUUACGGCCAGGGUUCUUAUAUGGUUGCCUCGGGUGGCGCAGGUCCUUCCAGCAGUUGGGACUCGUGCAAGUCGUUUUGCUCAGUUCAGCAGAACGCUCCCGUCAAACAAGUGCCUUCUUACCUGCCGCUUAAGGAUCCUCGAGUCGUUAGCAGUGCCUGUUCGUGCCACAUCACCAAAAAACUGGCUGCUGCAACAACCCAGACUGUUAGCGCCAAGGAACCCAAAACUGUCCCACAUAUGAGUGCCACGGUGACUAAACCACUUAAAGUCACGGUGACAAACUACAAAACCGUGGUUGUCACCAACUUCAACACUGUCGGCGUAACUAAUCGCAACACUAUUCGCACAACUGAUUACGAUACUGCCUCUGAGACUGCUUAUAACAGUGUCGUUGUUAUCAACGUUGGUUAUGUUACCGUCACCGAAUAUGAUACAGUUGUGGCGAAUGAUGUCGCUACAAAUACUGUAAUACCUGAUGCGGUGACUGUAACAGGUGGAGAUUCAUAUGUUUGGGGGUCCUAG